GCAUAGAAAGCUCUGACUUCUUGACUGCAGGAAUGCAGACUGGCCUCGUGGUUCUUGAGGGUGAAACGUUAACUCCUCUUCCUCUCCAGGGUUCUUGGCUGGAGAUACCCUGCCGGUUAAGUUUGGAGCAAGGAAAAGAGCGGGCAGUUUUAAUAUUUCACUUAAGAAGAAACUAAUAAUAAGUCAGGCUGUAAAGACCAGCUAUUGGAGAAGAAAUUGAACUUCAAAAGUUGCAGUUUAAGACAGAAAAGUUUUGGAGGCGAGAAAGCUCUUCAUUCAACAGACUCCCGAAGAGAAGCGCCUGCUUCAUCCUUCCCGACUCCCUCCGAGUCCUUCCCCUUUUCCGGGAGAUGGAGCGCAGCAGGCGACCCUCUUGAGAAGCAGCAGCCCUGGCUACCCUCGGAGUCCCUUAAGACUCGGGCAGCACGCAGGUCUCCCGCUAGUAAAGCCUUCCUUCUUUCGUCCAUUCUCCCGGAAAAGAUAAAGGAAAGAUUGAGCCUCUAAACCGGCCCUUCCCCUUCCCCCUCUUCCUGAGGGACCUAAGGCAGAAAGUACUAUUCUGCGAUUCACUGGCGAGAAAAGAGGGAGGAGGCAAAAGAACUUCCGAGAGCCCAAACUAAGUAAGUUAGCCCAGAAAACGCCAGCAGGGUGUAGCGCCUCCGCUGGAUGCACCAGCCCGCGGAGAACUGGUGGGCCCCGUGGAGAGGGGCGGCGGGGCUGGACCCUGCCUCGCUCCGCACGCGCUCCUGCACCGGGGAGACGGAAUCGGCCCCCAAGUUCCUGCAAAGAAGUGGGCGGUUAGCUGCAGAGGGUAAUCAGGAAACGGCUUUUCUCUCACUUGGCCGCCUGGUGAGUGUUGGGAAGAUUGGCAAACGCCUAGGAGAAUCGGGAAAGAUACAGAGCCCUGGGAAAGGAGCCGGUUCGCUCCGGGCAGUUCCUCGUUGGCCGGGAUAAGAGCAAGAAGCAGCUGCUCCACUCUGCAGUGCUUUCCAGGUGUUGGGACCCCUGGACGUACUGCCAACUUCAUCACCCUCUGUGCGUGUGCAGCCUAGGACAGCCUGGUCCCCCAACGUGGAGGACGCUCUGGUUACUAAAUGGCCCUGCUCAGUGUGAUUAUCAGUUCCUUAUUUGUUUACUUUUGGCUUCUGAGAACUUUUGAGCGGAAAUAUUAACUUUUUUUGUGGAAGCUACUCUAGAGAGAGAGGAAAAGGAAAAAGUGAAAUCUGAUGGAGAAGAGUGUUUUUUUCCAAAGAGUCUGGACGUCCUGAUAAACCAGCCCUAAUAGAAGAUUAAAGUUGUGGGAAGUAGUGACAGCCGAGAGGAGCAGAGGAUUACUUGCCAGGUGGAGACCCUUCGCGGUCUAUUGGGUCUCCCCUUCUGCGUGCAUGUGUGUGCCAGCGGCGGCGCGCGGUGCGGGGUUUUGCGCGUGGAGUCUCAGCUUGGAGCCGAGUGAAUGGCCCCCAGGGGCCGCGCGGAGCUGCCGCCUCCGCCGCCUCCACCGCCUGCGCCUCAACAGGUCUGGCUCUGGCCUGGAAAGAUGCUAGCUAUGGGCGCUCUGGCAGGCUUCUGGGUCCUCAGCCUCCUCACCUAUGGUUACCUGUCCUGGGGCCAGGGUUUAGAGGAUGAGGAAGAAGGGUCCCUGCGAGUUCAAGCUGGAGAAAGACCCGAGCCCAGCACAACGGCCGCCUCUCAGCCCCAUCUCAUUUUCAUCCUGGCGGAUGAUCAGGGAUUUAGAGAUGUGGGUUACCAUGGAUCUGAGAUAAAGACACCCACUCUUGACAAGCUCGCAGCUGAAGGAGUUAAACUGGAGAAUUACUACGUCCAGCCCAUUUGCACGCCAUCCAGGAGUCAGUUCAUUACAGGAAAGUAUCAGAUACACACAGGACUUCAACAUUCUAUCAUAAGACCUACCCAACCCAACUGUUUACCUCUGGACAAUGCAACCUUACCUCAAAAGUUGAAGGAGGUUGGAUAUUCAACACAUAUGGUUGGAAAAUGGCACUUGGGUUUUUACAAAAAAGAAUGCAUGCCCACCAAGAGAGGAUUUGAUACCUUUUUUGGUUCUCUUUUGGGAAGUGGUGAUUACUAUACACACUACAAAUGUGACAGCCCUGGGAUGUGUGGCUAUGACUUGUAUGAAAAUGACAAUGCUGCCUGGGACUAUGACAACGGCAUAUACUCCACACAGAUGUACACACAGAGAGUGCAACACAUCUUAGCUUCCCAUAACCCUGCAAAGCCUAUAUUUUUAUAUAUUGCCUACCAAGCUGUUCACUCACCACUGCAAGCCCCUGGCAGGUAUUUUGAGCACUACCGAUCCAUUAUCAACAUAAACAGACGGAGGUAUGCUGCCAUGCUUUCUUGCUUAGAUGAAGCAAUCAACAAUGUGACUCUGGCCCUAAAGACAUAUGGUUUCUAUAACAACAGCAUUAUCAUUUACUCUUCAGAUAAUGGCGGCCAGCCAAUGGCGGGAGGAAGUAACUGGCCUCUCAGAGGUAGCAAAGGAACAUACUGGGAAGGGGGAAUCCGGGCUGUUGGAUUUGUGCAUAGCCCACUUCUGAAAAACAAGGGAACAGUAUGUAAAGAACUUGUGCACAUCACUGACUGGUAUCCCACUCUGAUUUCCCUGGCUGAGGGACAGAUUGAUGAAGACAUCCAACUAGAUGGUUAUGAUGUCUGGGAGACCAUAAGUGAAGGCCUUCGCUCACCCCGAGUUGAUAUUUUACACAACAUUGACCCUAUUUACACAAAAGCAAAAAAUGGCUCCUUGGCAGCAGGUUAUGGGAUCUGGAAUACAGCCAUCCAAUCAGCCAUCAGGGUGCAGCACUGGAAACUGCUCACAGGAAAUCCUGGCUACAGUGACUGGGUUCCCCCUCAGUCUUUCAGCAACCUGGGGCCAAACCGGUGGCACAAUGAACGGAUUACCUUGUCAACUGGCAAAAGUAUAUGGCUUUUCAACAUCACAGCUGACCCAUAUGAAAGGGUGGACCUAUCCAGCAGGUAUCCAGGGAUUGUGAAGAAGCUCCUACGGAGGCUGUCACAGUUCAACAAGACUGCAGUUCCUGUCAGAUACCCCCCCAAAGAUCCCAGGAGUAACCCACGGCUCAAUGGAGGAGUCUGGGGACCAUGGUAUAAAGAGGACAGCAAGAAAAAGAAGACAAGCAAAAAUAAAGCUGAGAAAAAGAAAAAGAAAAGUAAGACAAAGAAGAAACGGCCCAAAACACGUUCAUCUCCAAAUUGCUAUUCAGGUGUUAUUCCUGAAUAACUACAAAUAGUUCCAGUUUGGUUAAACUUAAAAAUUCUUAGUCUUUCACCUGUUUGCUAGGUAAACCAGCAAAUUUGGCUCAGAAAUAUCACUGCCAUAAACACAGGGCUCAUUUUCAUGUUGUACCAGUCCAGAGACUUCUGCCACCUGGCUGCCACAUGGAAAAUUGUCCAGCUCCAUACCAAAGGUACUGCUUCUGCAAGUCACACUUGGAGGCCAUGGAGAUGUUUAUUUCUCUGGAUCCUUUAUAAAAGGUGGUCAGUCGUGAGUUUAACUGCUGUGCUUCCUUCAGUUGACCAAACACAAUGCUUUACAUUAUAAGUGGGGACAAUGAUCAACAAUUGAGGAGCAUGCUGAUUUGAUGGAAAUGACAGGGUAGCAUGAUUUUAAAACUACUUUUGAUAUAGUCAAAGAUUGUGUCACCUCAAAGGCCUCGAAAAGAUAUUUUCAUAGUGAAUUUUUGUAUCUCUAUCAUAUGACACUUGAGUUUUGAAAUUAAUUCUAUUUCAUCUAUCAUUUCCUUGCCUGUGAAAAUAAGCUGUUUUUCUUACAUGUGAACAGCUUGCACCUCAUUUUAUCAUGCAUGAGGAAAUGGCAAAUAAGAAUGUUUGAGCACACUGCCAAAAAUGAAUGUAACUAUUUUAUAAACACUUUAAUAGAAUAACACUUCAAUAUAAAGUGCAUAAUUUAUUUUUAAAGUAAAAAUAUUUUGUUUUCAUAAAAGAUAUGCAAAUGGUUUUAAUUAUUUUAUUUUUAUUUUCUGCAUACCAUUAGAAUAAUUUUAUUUCAUUUCUUCAAGAUUACCAAGCACUGUUAAUACAACAAAUUACUGUAGUACUUGUGUAAAUACAUAGAAUAUAAAAAGAAAAUUUUCAGAAAAAAAUUAUAAUCAUUAUGUUCAAUCAUUAUUUUGAAUGUAAUAAGAUGAGUAUAGUCUUACAAAUUAUUUGGAAAGUCAAUGUACAGAGCUGAUACAUCUUUAUUGUUUCUACCAUAAACUAUUUAUGUAUAUUAAUUAUUAAAAUGAUUUAUUUUAUGACA